AAAAUUUUCCAAAAGAAAUGAUGAACGGCGGCAGAGCAAGAGUACCAAAGUGCGCUAGGUGCCGCAACCACGGGCUGAUAUCUAGUUUGCGGGGACAUAAAAAAGCUUGCGCGUAUAGAAACUGCCAGUGCCCCAAAUGUGGACUUAUCAAGGAACGACAAAGGAUAAUGGCAGCUCAGGUAGCAUUGAAAAGACAACAGGCCGCUGAAGACAAGAUAGCUCUACACCUGGCUUCAGUUGAAAGCGGGACAUCUUUGGAAAGCUUACCUCCCGGUCGUAUAUACGGCAUGCGAGUGACAGGGCCGUGCCAAAGCCCUGGCCCUGAACGUGACUCUGCUACUGAAGAUCACACUCCAAUACACAUCGAUAGCGAAACGAGCGAUUCUCUACCCGAUUGCUGUACAUCUCCAGACUCUACUGGUCACACCUCUACGGCUAUACGACCAUGUGCCUCGAAUGACGAUGGUGCUGAUACAAAUCCUGUGAGUACAGCAGGAUUAGAGAUGUUAAGGAAACUAUUUCCUGGUAAAAAGCGCUCUGUAUUGGAAUUGGUGCUCAGGCGCUGUAACCAUGAUCUCUUACGAGCUGUUGAACAUUGCAAUGCAGUUCAGGACUCAAGAGACAAAUCCACACUGAAGAGUGGUCCCAAUCCUUUGAGUUACGAUGUAUCGCUCUCAAAUCCUGAAGAACCGUCACGGUGGUCAGCUUUCCGACCAGUAGGUCCCAGAGCUCCUUUAAUGUCCGCACUAGUGAUGGGACGAGUAUGUGGUUCCGAUUGGUUGGUGCCACUGCCAGCUUUGCCAACACUAUCAGCGCCAUUACUACUGCCAUUGCAGCAUCCACACGCACCACCACCUCCUUGCAACCCAUGUUCUCCUGAUUGUCGUCAAUGUAAUGGCCACCAUUAAAACCUCAUUCCAAAUUAAUGUUUGCGAAACAUAUGUUUUUUCAUUUGUGAAUAUAUACUGAUUUACUUGGGUGUCAGACAAUCAUUAAUUAAAGUAUUAUACCAACUACCAAACUUAGAAUUAAUAAUUAUGUAAUUUAUCUAAGUCGCUGCCUCUGAUUUCGUGAGAACAAUAACGUAACAUUUAUCGCUUAACUUCUGUACUACAUACGAUGCUUGUUUCUUUAAAUUGAAUUGAUAGACUU